CCUUCAACAGCGCCCGAGGCUGGAGGAAGCUUCCUUCACAGUCGGGCAGCAGGUGGUGAGAGCACAGAUCAUGCAAGUCUGUCGGUAAGGAAUGUCAGGGUGUCUGCGGAGAGGUGGGCAAGCCGUUUGUUUUGGGCUUCAGUCCUUCUGGUUUUCUGCUCCGGCGGCGGCGUAUAUGGGGACCUUCAGCGAUAGCUCUGGAGUUAUUAACGUAGACAACCCCGGGCACAGCCUGCGACAUGGACUUGGAGCACAGGAGGAUUAGACAAGGCAGGAAACGGCAGCGAAUUAGAGAGAUGCACAUUUCCAAUGGCGAGGAGAUGGAGACCCUCGAGGACAGCCUGAUGGACACACCCUGUUUGAAGAACCACGUUGCUGUUUGCCAAGAGGGGAGUGCUCCCUUCAGCGAGCCGACAGAGCUGAUGCUGAAUGGUAAACGAAGGAGCGGCGAGGAAGGGAAAGAGAAGGACGAGCAAGAACACAGAAACCCAAGUGCCUGCCUGUGCAGAGAGCAAGGAUUGAGACCCAAGCAAGUUCUCUCCAGACAGUUGGCCUUGACCUUCAGUAACUGCGAGACCGAGGCUGAGGCUCAGCUCCAGCUCAAUGGACGCCAAGGGGCUGCAGACAGCUGGACGCUGGAUGACGCGGGUCAGAACAAUACCGUUGUCACGCCGACCCUGGCAGGCUGCCCCCUGUCCGGCCGGCAGAUCGUGGGCAAAGCUGACAGCUGGCCACACCACCGCCUGCCCGUGGACAGUAGCUUCAGCGCUGCCUCCAAGAGUGACUUUGCCCUCAACACGCUCUUUUCCGAGGUGGAGAGGGGUGAGGCGAGUUCCAAGCAGAGAAGACCCUCGCAAAGUUCGGACCAGGAAAAAACUGCAAGGAGAAAAAUGCGAGUGUACUCAACAGACUGUCCGAGUGAAAAGUCUUUCAGCAGUGGGAGCUUGGGCUGUGAAUCCAUGUUUACAGGGACCCUGUUUGAUGAUGACUUGGAGGACAAUGAUUUCCUCAACCGAAGCUUCUCACUGGAGGAUGAGACUGGACCCUCAGACUCUAGUUCUGUUGAGCUCCCGCUGGAUUCGAUGCCUGGACUGGAAAUUGAGCCGGUGGCUAAAAGUGAACUAGUCACCCAGCAUCCGAACCACCCCAUCGCUGUGUGCAUAGGGCAGGAGAAACGGCGGUUCUCGGCGUCUGAACUGAUAAACAGAUUGCAUCUCUCUCAGAAAAAAGUAGCACAGGCCUUGAAAAUCAGCAAAUCCCUGUCAGGAAGGUCUACGUCCAGAGAGAAAUUGACACCUGUCAUGUCCCUCGAAGGCAGACGGAGUGCAAAACAGAAAAGCAAAUCGCUGAUGACGAUCAACAGCAACACGUCUCCAAAGCCACAAAGGGACGGUAUCAUCUUUGACAGCCCUCCACCCCAUACAUGGAGGUCCAGCACCCUUCAGAGGAGAGUGGCCUCUGAGGAGGAAAUAAGUGCAAAACAUCAGAGGGAAGGAAGGCACUCCAGGUUUCUGAUGAGCUAUUCACCAGACAUGAUCGACAGAGCGCGCCCCAGUAUUAGUGGCUCAAAUGGUUCUGUUCCCACAGCAAUCCUUUACCAGGAGUACAGCAACGUAGCAAGCGACCGUGAAAUCCAAAGGCAGAAACGGGCAGACACGGUUAUUGAGGACGACGAUGUCAUCCUCCCCAGCAAGUGCAACUCUUUGCCUCAGAAUCUCUUCUGGUCACAACGGUCCGCUCGGGGGAAUGCAUUUGCCCUUUGGCAGGACGUCCCGGAUGUGCGGAGAAGUGGGCUACUGGACAGAAUUGGCAAUGAGCAGAGAAAGUUGCAGGAGGCCAAGUUUGAACUGGUCACUUCAGAAGGAUCCUACCUUCACAGCCUCACCAUAACGGUUGAGCAUUUCCAGAAUUCCAAGGAGCUCCAGGAAUGUCUCAAUGCUCAGGAGAAGCAGUGGCUUUUCUCAAAACUGCCUGAAGUCAAGGAAGUCAGUGAGAAGUUUCUGCAAGACCUGGAGGAGAGGCUGGAGAAGGAUAUCUUGAACUUUGAUGUGUGUGACAUUGUGUUGGCCCACUGCCCCGCAUUCAGGAGAGUCUACCUUCCUUACGUCACCAACCAGGCCUAUCAGGAACAGACCUACCAGCGGCUACUGCAGGAAAAUCCCAGGUUUCCAGGCAUCUUGGCCAAGCUGGAGGAGGAUCAGAUCUGCCAGCGGCUGCCCCUCGCCUCAUUUCUAAUCUUGCCGUUCCAGAGGAUAAUGCGACUGAAGAUGCUGGUGGAGAAUAUACUCAAGCGGACCAAACAGGGAUCCAGGGAUGAGGAGACAGCUACAAAAGCCUUCGACAAGCUCAAGAAGCUCACACAGGAGUGCAAUUCCAGUGUGCAGUCAAUGAAGAGGACAGAGGAACUCAUUCACCUCAACAACAAAUUCCACUUUGAGAGUAAGAUAUUCCCACUGAUCUCACAGUCCCGGUGGUUGGUGAAACACGGGGAGCUGACUGAGGUGGACUCGCAGACCAAUAACACGGCGGGGUCAAAGUUCAAGCUUUCCAACAGACCAAUCUACCUGCACCUCUUCAACGACUGUCUCCUGCUCUCCCGCAAGAAGGACACAGGGAAAUUUGCCGUCUUUAUCCACGCUAAGACUGAGGAGCUGCGACCGAAAGACCUGAACAUGAAGGUGCACGGGAUCCCCGGACACGUGUUCCACCUGCAGCUGCUCGGGAAGCAGCACGCCAAGCAGCAGAUCCUGUUGCGGGCCCGCACCGAGAGCGAGAAGCAGCGUUGGAUAACGGCUAUGCUCCUCACGGAGCAAGGGACUGAAGCAGAACAGCUGGAUCUGGAGCAGGACGACUCUCCACAAGUUCAGUGCGUCAAGACCUACAAACCACUGGAGGCAGACGAGCUGGCACUGGAGAAGGCCGAUGUCCUAGAAGUAAAGACAAGAACGAAAGAUGGGUGGAUAGAAGGAAUCCGACUGUCAGAUGGAGAGAGGGGCUGGUUUCCAGAAAGUUACGUGGAGGAGAUAACAAACCGGAAUGCCAGGAUACGGAAUCUACGGGAAAAGAAUCGGAUUAAGCACGCCACCCAGAAACUUCAGGAAGAGCACCAGUGACCAAUGGGGAUGCUACAUUUUAGGACAUUUGAGGAGCACGGAGAAUGUAUACAGCCCAGAUUUUAGGAGUAAAUAACAGAUUCAAGGUAUCAAAUGAGGGUGGCCUCAGGAAUUUGCACUGUUUCCCACUGAGAAUGGUUGGUUUCAGGUACCCACAGUCAUUGCUGUGUAGGGAUGUGAUAGCUAGUCAUAGGUUAAAUUCCCCUCACUCAUUGGGACACCAAAUUGGCAUGCGCAUCACUGAUGAGAGGGUGGAUGGAUAGGGCCAGAGAAGCCAUUGUUUCAGUGGGUUGGUGUGAAGGGUAAAGAUUCAGUCCCCUUUGAAUCCCGAGGUCCAGAGCUGCCAGUUAGAGUGCGGACCUUGGUUUGGUGGUUGAGAAUCACAGCCAACACAACUCAAGGGGUAAACAACUGACCACGCAUUCAACCCUCCCCAUUGUCCUCCUCUAUCUGAACCAGACCAACUCAACAGCAGUACACUCUCCUCAGUACUGGCAACAAUUCAGAUUUAACCUCAGUAUGACAGCCGGCAAGGCUGCAGGCUGGCCAUCACCCAACGCCACGCCCCGCCCCCAUGAAGUUGUGGCCCUUCUCCCACUCAGGAGGUACGUGGGUCAGGAGCAGGCGCGUUCAGCUGCUGAAGGGGAGGGGGGUUGCCGUGCGUCAGGGAGCUGGUAUUGCUGUCAAUUGAGGAGGAACGAUUUUGGCCCAACGCACAUCUGUAAGCCUCCACACGUGUAGCAAGGGACACUUUCCCCUGUCCGGUGUGAGGGUCACCGAGCGGCAGUUCCAGUCCUCCGUUGUCAUGGUUACUGAGCUACCUCUCAAACCAGCCUGAUUAAACGUUAUGUUUCUGGGUUUCCUCAACCCCUAGACUCCAAAGCUCCAGCACAUACAGUACCUUUCGGUCAAAAGCCUAACACACGAAAUGCAGCCACUACUUCAAUCUCCAAGCAAGACCGGCUCCUUCAGAUCCCACCAGACCUAAUUGGACAAGGACUUUUAAGAUCGGUUUAGCUGCACUCACCACAUUUCACAAUAGACCCUUCUGGAAUUCUGAUUGAAACUCUGCAGUUGAGCUGAAAACUCAACCUGGGACUGAUGUAGACUGUAUGAGAAAUAAAACCCGGCGUCGGUCCGGAGAGGGAGAAUGCAAGAGCUGAAAGCAUUCUUCAUGCCGACUGCCACUGACAUUAUGGGAUUUCCGGAUUUUGUGGGCAAAAGUGGGUUGUUUCUGCCUUCAUGCAGGUAACAGAGCGCUACUGGCUCCUGGCUGUAGAGGGAGGGUAGUACUCUUGCUGUAAAACGAAGGUCAAAGACUCAAAUGCCUCCAAGGCACGAGAUGGAAUCCCGUACAUUUGAUGCUGGAGAAAACCAUUCACACACAGAAAUGAUUAGUUAACACUUUCAGAGAAGGGAAACUGCCACAGUUCGCUGGCCUGGUCUCAGCAGCCAGUACACUCCAAUGCAUCCUCCCAGUAAGCGAUCACUCCAAGGACAAUGAGUGCGAACAAUACACUCAUCUUUGUUGUACUAGUCCACAUAACAAGUGAGCCUUGGCGGAUGUUGUUGCAGCGGGCUCCAAAUCUCUUCGCUGCUACUUUUUAAACAGCCAAAGUGGGUUUUGAACUUGCAUCUCUGGAUCUAAUGGGCCAGCAACUUUCUCACUUGGCUACUGUACAAACCACACCCCCACCUCCCGCUCGCUCAACAUCACCUUGCUUUGCAUAUUUGUAUAGUGUCGUUUAUGACUGGGGUGAUGUCUAUAAACUGCUUGCAUGUAGUGCUGGAUACCCUGGUUAAGGUGUCAUUUCUUUUGUAACAAGUGAUAACAUUCACAGAUUUCAAGCUGUUCAUUAUAUAAAUAUGUUGUAAUUUUGUUUUGGACUCUCUCCUGGUGUGUGUACAUUUUAAACAGGAGAACGCAAGUCUAUCUGGUGACGGGAUUUGAUGUAAUGGUUCACUGAUCUUUCACCAUUGGGGUCUGGGCUACCCCGGAGGUGCAAGUGUUCUAUUUGUCCGAAGGUUGGCGUUCAUAUGUGCGUCUCUCUCGGACGAGAGGUACGAGUUCAAGACGGCCUGCCUGGUGCAGACUGCUAAAUUAUACGAGUGGGGACUGGUGCCGAGAGCUGCUUCUCCACUUUUUGACCUUGGUCCAGGCUAGAAGCCAUCUUUUGGAUACUGAGUGUCUGUGCCAUAGCCUUCACUUCAACCUGUGUCUAGAGUCAGUGCGGCACUUGUAGCACACCCACUGAAAUUCACUGCAUUGCAUUGUUGUAAAGGUCUCCAUUGAAUGUUGUACAUAUUACACACCCCACCAGCGCCCCCCUCUGCGGAGGUGCAGUAGUGCAGGCACUUUGUAUUUACACAGGCACGUGUCUGCAGGCCAUGUACACAGCAGCCUCAGCAAGUAUCCAAGCCGAAACGGUUGAUGCUUGGAUCAAAUAUGGUUAUUGACAGCUGGUUUAAUCACUGGAAUAGUCUGACAUUUUCCAGAUAUUAGUGGAUGUUUAAUGAUUAUACACCAUCAAAACACUGAUGUAACAUUUCUAUUUGGUGUCAUAAUUAAAGAUAUCCUUACUGUCUCAUGCUAAAUUCUGAUGAGCAAUAUUUUCUUCUAGCCGCCGACAUUUUCGAGUGCACCUUCCACUUACACAAACUCAGCGGUCCCAGGUUCACCUAUAUAUCCGCGUAAUGCAGAAUCACGCUGCCCCAUGUACGUUUUAACAGGAGAAUGGAAGUUUGCAAGGUGAUUGACUGAGCCAUUUAAAAAGUCACUAGAGAAUGUAGGGUUUAUUUACAGAAAUUUGCAAAAGUGUUAGAGAGGGAAGAAAGCCGUGAGAAAAACUGGUCUGCCCAGUGUAAAC